UAAGAUAAUGUUUGCAGUCUCAAUCAAAAUCGAAAGGUCCCAGGAACGCGAUAUCUCCACUACCUCAAAACCUGUGUUGCAAAGGUCUCAACCGCAGCGGCCAUGUCGAGCUGUUCUUCUUUAUUUGUUUCGGGAAUUAGCCUGGCGCCCAAGUUUUCUACGAAGACGGUAUCAAUUGGUGGAAAGUGUGAUGUUGGGUUGGUGAUUGAGAACUCUUCAAGGCCAAAGAAGAAGGCUACGUCUCAUCACAUGAAGACCAGGCCACGAAAGACUCAGCCAUGGGAUAUCAGGCGCAAACCCACUGUUUAUGCUCCGUUACCCCCACUUCCUCCUGAUUGGACUCUAGUUUCUGAUAAUGAUGCUUCUGAUUCUGGUGCUGGGGCUGAGGCUGAGGCUGCUGUGCCUUCUUCUUCUGAUUUCAAGGCGCCACCUGCAAGUGGGUAGCUUCUUGUUUUAUAUUGUUUCCUUUUAUAUUCAUUUAUGUUGAGACUUUGUGGCUCAUCUUCUCGUUUAUGUCAUGAUAAUCUGUUCCUCUUUUCUUGACUGCAAGAAAAAUGCAAUUGGGUCAAGUUUUUUUU